AUGGAUCCGUCGCGUCCCCGAAACCGCAAGCAGGUAACCUACGGCUCUGCUUCGAGACGGUCGAUAUCGGAGAAUAUACCUGAGAACAAAGCAGCUCCGAGUCCUACUCCUGCAAGGAGGACUCUAGCAUCUCGUUCUCCCAAGGCCGGGAUAUCCGGCAAUGCGAAUGCGAAUGCCGACAAACGACCAAGAACCCCUGGGACAACCAAAGCAGUCGCAGUCGCAACCGCAGGGUCGCAAAACCCCCCUGAUGAUAAUGUUUACGAUAUCCCAUCUUCUGACGACGAAAAUGUCAAUCUCAUCCUACAACGAAAGCGACGACGAGGUGGAGGUGGCCCGAAAACCAGCACCAAUACGCUCCAAAUCUCGGAUUUAAUAGCCAGUGAAGAUGAUAAACAAAACGGGGAUAGAAUUUUGGAUUCAAAACCUACGGAGACUCAUAGUGAAAUGACUCCAGCCCGGGCGAGGGUAACCAUGCAGGAUCGAAAAAGGGUCCAGGGACAGAAGCGGGACACUGAAACCCAGCAACCGAGUCCUAAGAAGCCCAAGACUCCGACUCCCUCGACCCACAACAGAAACUCAAGAUCUCGGAAAUAUGCCUCAUCAUCGGAAGACGAGCUACAGAAACUAGUGUCACCAAAGUACAGCCCACAAGAAAAAGAGCCCAAAUUUGAAGCCAGUGCCAAGUCGCUCUCGCCUUUACCUUCGCGUCCGCAGACAUACACCAAUACAACGGCUGGAAAUACAACACCGGGGAGGAGGAGGUUAGUCGAUGCACUGGGAACAAGAGAAAGAUCACUCGACCGGACGUCAUCGAAUGGUUUUACCGACAGCCAAUUAUCUUCUCCAGUUGCUUCCCAAAGCCCAAUUAGACCCAGGGAUACUGGCGCUGAGUCGCUCAGCAAUAGUCAGCGUGAGCUUCUUGCACAAGAACCCACCACCGCGCCGUCCCCGCAUUUCCUAGGUGGGAAAGUUACGUAUGCCCGACAGCGUUCUUUCCUAGACGACCUCAAUCUAUCCGGCGAUAUUUCCGCGGGCGUGGAAGGAGAUAGUCUGUUCAGCCCUAAAGGGUUGACCGAGGCUCUUCCCCGGGCUCGUCUGUAUGAGAUAAACGAUGCCACGAAUGAUGACGGGGCAGUUCGAAGCAUCCACGAGCUCAGACAAGCUGGAGGAAAUGCCCGCUACCGGAGCGCCAUCGAGUCGAUCUUUGAGGACAUUGAAGAUGCACAGAUCUCCGUAUCAGGCCGAUGCGGUGCCUUGGCUCAGAUAUGCGGCAAGUUGUUAGACCCUAAACAGGCGCGGCAAUUUGUUGAGUGUGGUUUUGAUAAGAGGAUUGUGGACUGUUUGUCCAGAGAUUUGGAUUUGGUCUCUGCUACGCUUGCAUUUUCUGUCUUUGGUCUGAGUUGCGCUGGUCGCUCUCUGCCAUAUAUCAUUGCAACCGCCGCGUGGCCAAAGCUGUUGGAAACAGUGCCCCUUCUCCUUGCCGUGCAGAAGGAUGUAACCGCCAUGGCGUGCGACAGAGAGAAUAACCUGUCCAAAGUGGCUCAAGGGAUUGUACAAGACAUUGCGCCGCAAAUCAAGUCGAAAUUGUUUGUUGAUGACGACGAUUUGGAAUUUUCGCCAUGUCUUUUGGCCCUCUUUUGCCUUAGAGUGACUAUUUCGGCAUUCCAAGAGAAAGGCGAAACCCCGUCUGGUCUUUCAACAGAAUUAUUGAGACAAUUGGUCGAUCUUCUGUUGUCUGAAUGCUCUCCGGAGAGCAAACAACCUAUUGGAAGAGGAAGGUCGCAGGUUCUCGUUUUGGGCUUGGUUCUCUUGGAAACACAUACUACUUCGAGCAGUCUUCUUCGAGACGAGCACUGCGAUGCGUUGAAAUCACUUCCCGCGCUUCAUAGCUUGCUUCAGGUGCCAGACAACUCGGAUGAGGCCGGCCAGGAGCUACAGAACCUCUAUAUCCGGGUAAUUUUGAAUGUGACGAAUAGCAGCGCGGAUUUAUGCGACCACUAUGCAACAUCGCCCAUGAUUGAAGCGCUGGCUGAAAUCGUGAUGUCCAAAUUUAAUGACCUAAAUGGGGACACUCCUUCUCAGUCGGAGGGAAUAAGUUCCCUCGACACAGUGAUUUUGACCCUUGGUGCUCUCAUCAAUUUAACCGAACAGAGCGAAAAGUCUCGCGUCAUGUUCCUCAAUACAUCUCGAGGAUCUGAAUCGAUCCUCGACCAACUCGUCCACCUGUUUCUCGAACAUGUGGAAUCAAUUGCACAGGCCGACUCUGUUCCAGAAGUCCACCAUAAUGUCGCGGUGGGCUAUCUCGCCGUCCUUCUUCUUUCUCUCUGUUUAGACCGAGAUGUGCGGCUCAAAGUCAAGGAAAUUUUGCACCCCAAGGGUCUUUCCGUGGUGAUGUCGACGGUGGACGAGUUCAUGCAGUACCACCAAAAGAUCGAGCUGGAGCUGCACCCCAUGCAGAACAGCAACGAGACAGGUGGAUUCCUCGGGCGGCUCCAAGAACUUGUUGGCCAAAUACAGUUUAUUGAG